AUGAAGUUGUCCGUUGCUGCUUUUGCCUCCCUUCUCUCGGUUGUCAGCGCUGCUGCCGUCCCUUCUAACGCUACCCUCCCCGCGGCCUUCACUCUGGUCGCUGAUGGCGGCAGAACCGCCCUGACCGAUGGCCAGUACGUCUACGUCGGCGGUGACGCUACCGACGGCAAAGAAAUCCUCAUCCUGCGGUCCGCCGCCAACGGCAUGGUCUCCUUCACCUCCAAGAACGGUGUCCCCACUGCCUUCCAGAACCUCUAUAUCGUCGAGAAGGAGGUAACCCCUGUUUCCCUCACUAUCCCCCACUCUGGUGCUGUACCGGAGAACGGCAACAUGAACGGCUUCGGCGUCAAUGCCCAGGGCUACUUCACCAACAACGGUCGCCCCUGGUUCUCCGUUGACGUCGGCGACGCUCCCUCCAAACAGGUCUACUGGUACGGUGGCCACAAUGCCGAGUACUACGGCCUCGACCUCUGGGUCAAAGAGUGCAAGGGCUGCUAA